AUGCUGGGCACCAAGGGGCUCAUCCAUCUCCUCUGCAUUGCAGGGCUGGUGCUUUGCGACGACGCGGGCGCUGAUGCCAACACGACGGCCGGCGGCCUGGCCUGCAGCCCCCCGGGGAACUGCACAGGCAGCGUGUCGCAGCCGCGGCGGCGGAGCCACUUCUCCCGGUGCCCAGACGAGUACCGGCACUACUGCGUCAAGGGGCGAUGCCGCUUCGUCGUGGCCGAGCAGGCGCCGGCGUGCGUGAUCACAUGACUUGGAACUCAAAAUGCGGGAUGCCUGACUGGUGAUUACUACCUGCGAGGCGACCGGGGCCAGAUCAUCAUCAUCUCCCUCAUCGCGGCCGGGGCCGCCCUUGUUGUCCUCGUCGUCUGUGCCUGCCUUUGCACCCAUCGUUACCGGAAGCAACGUCGGAAGAGAAAGGAGGAAGAAAUGGAGACACUGAAUCAGCCUGGGCCUGCCAAAAGCGAGGAUGUGCUGGAGACGGAUGUCGCGUGA